GCCAGCCUUGAGCAUUUUUUGCUCGGAUUCGAUUUGAAAACUUCAUUGUAAAUAUUAGUUAUAUAACGACAAGUUUCCUGUAAUUCUCUGCUGUCGAAUCGUUUCAAAAUCAUAUCAGUAUCAUUGUCAAGCUGCGCGACUUCAAAUCGCUAUUGUUGAUCUAGUUGGUUAUGUUUGAUAAAAGGCAAUUGUCUUUAGCUUGUGAGCCAUAAUAAGGCAUUUUAUCAAUUAUGCAAUUGUCUCACUCGAGAAGUAGUUACUGAGUGUUCUUCAAGUAGGAGAGAAGUGUGAUUUGUUUUUCUGAAAGUUUUUCCAUGUAACAGACGGUUUUAGUAAAAUUUAAUGAAGUUAUUGCCCAAAUAUCUGAAAGCAAUAUAUUUUAAGUUUAAGUGGAUUUGGUAUAGGUAGAAUUGUAACUGAAGAUUCUAGGCACACUGCGAUGUUUUCAUCUUAUCAGUACUUACGAAAAGUAUUUCCGUUCCUACACUGGUCUAAGCAAUACGAUCUCGAUAAAGCUAUAUGUGAUUUAGUUGCCGGAAUCACUAUAGGACUUACCCUCAUUCCACAAUCCUUAGCUUACGCAUCUUUGGCUGGACUCGAACCUCAGUAUGGAUUAUACUCAUCGCUCUGUGGAGGGAUCAUAUAUUUGCUGUUCGGAACGAUUCCAGAAUUAAGCAUCGCACCAACAGCGAUUCUAUCACUGCUAACAUAUUCCUACACCAAAAACGUCACUUUCGGUAACAUCGAAGCAGCAAUUUUACUAUGUUUUUUCGGAGGGGUCAUCGAACUACUAUGUGGAUUACUGCACUUAGGAUUUUUGGUGGAUUUCGUUUCGACACCUGUCGUGGCAGCUUUCACAUCUGCAGGUGCCAUAACGAUAGCUUCAUCCCAAGUAAAAAAUUUGAUAGGAGUCCACAUAGGAGGCGGUGAGACAUUCUUCGAAAUAUGGAAAAAACUUUUCGAACACAUCGGGAACUUCAAGAAAUGGGACACUAUUUUGGGACUCUCCUGUUGUGCUCUUCUUUUGCUUAUGAGGAAAAUGAAAGACUUUGGUGCAGCCCUCAUAUCAACAGACUCAAAAGAAAAAACUCCAACUUAUAAAAAAAUCGUUUGGUUGACAUCCGUAGCCCGUAAUGCAUUAGUCGUAGUUGGUUGUGCAGUAGCGACUUUUGUUUUGGACAUGCACGGCAUGAAACCAUUCUCAUUAACAGCUGAUGUUCCAUCGGGUUGGCCAAACGUUUCCUUACCCCCUUUUAGGAUACAGCAAGGCAACAGCACUGUAACAUUAACAGACAUUUUAGUCGAGCUGGAGGCAGGAAUUAUCUUUAUACCAUUUAUUGCUAUAUUGGCCAACAUUGGGAUCGCUAAGGCCUUCGCUCGAGGCAGGGUGAUAGACGCCUCACAAGAAAUGAUUGCUAUAGGUGCUUGUAACAUUGCUGGAUCAUUUUUUGGAUCUUAUCCUGUGAACGCCUCGUUUUCAAGAGCUGCAGUUGGUGGCGCUAGUGGUGUCAAGACUCCUUUGGCUGGAAUAUAUACAGCUGGCAUGGUGUUCCUAGCAUUCACUUUACUGACGCCGUAUUUUUCAUACAUUCCAAAGCCUACACUAGCUGCUGUUAUCAUCUGUGCUGUCAUCUUCAUGGUGGAAGUUGUCAUAUCAAAAAAUAUAUGGAUCAUUUAUAGACUUGAUCUAAUACCAUUUUUGACAACGUUCCUAUCUUGUCUACUCAUAGGACUUGAAAUGGGUAUCAUAAUAGGAAUUAUAGUAGACCUUAUGAAGAUUUUGUAUAUUUCGGCAAGGCCUGACGUGCUAAUAGAACGAAUCCCUGUAGAUUCGGAAGUGCAAUACUUAAAGUACACUCCAACGUGGUCCAUAAUGUUCUCAUCAGCUGAGUAUGUAAGAGAAAAAGUGUUAAGUGAUAACAUAAGCAGAGGACAGAGUGUCAGAACAGUCGUGUUGGACUGUGAAAGGAUAGGAUCCUUUGACUACACAGCAGCGCUGUGCUUUAGCAAUUUGGUCAAAGAUCUGCAGAAAAACAACAAAGAUGUAUUAUUUUUAAGUCUGAGCGACAAAUUGAAGUCAAAGUUGGAAGAGCUUUGUAAUGAACAACUUACGUCUUUCACAACCGAUUUAGAUCUUCACAACUAUUUGUUAGGUUUCUCUUCUUCUCUUGAAAAACGUACCACAGAAAUCCUGAUUUCCAACAUCAAAAACGAAGAAACUGUGGCCGAUACCAAAUUAUAAAGUGAUAGUUUAAAGUUUAUCUAUUAAUCAGUAUUAAUAAAACUAUUAUUGGUAUGAGCUUUUGUGUUUUAAUAAUGUGCAACUAGUGACAAAAUCUACGUGAUUACUCGAUUACUUCAGAGAAAAAUGUUAUAGCUAUCAUGACUCGCUCAAGCACCCUCCGGAAAAUAAUUCAAAAGCGUUUGCCGAUUUUAAAAUGGAGCAGAGAGUACACGACAAAGCACCUGAUUAGCGACGUCAUAGCUGGUUUCACAGUUGGACUGACUGUGAUGCCGCAAGCUUUAGCUUAUGCUACAUUAGGCGGUCUAGAGCCACAGUAUGGCUUAUACUCGUCCUUCGUGGGCUGUUUCGUAUACGCAAUUUUUGGUAGCAUAAAGGAUAUAACAAUCGGCCCUACAGCCCUCAUGGCCCUUAUGACAUAUCAACAAGUAGUUGAUAGAAAUUUCGACUACGCCUUUUUGCUGUGCUUUUUGUCUGGAGUUGUUCAGAUAAUUAUGGCAGUACUACACCUAGGAGUAUUAGUGGACUUUAUAUCCAUACCGGUCACGGUAGGUUUCACAUCUGCUACAUCUGUGAUAAUAGGAGCAUCUCAACUGAAAAGUCUGUUGGGACUGAAGAUUAAAGCCAACGGAUUUUUAGACACAAUGAGCAAGGUUUUGCAAAAUAUUCACCAGACCAGGACAAACGACUGCGUACUUGGGAUCACUUGUAUCGUCUUUCUUAUGGCAUUAAGGAGAAUGAAAGACUUCACAGUGAACAAAAAGAACACGAAACCAAGCAAGAACCAAAGGGUAAUCAACUACGGCAUUUGGCUAGUGUCAACAUCAAGAAAUGCCAUCAUCGUCAUAACUUGCAGUGCUAUAGCAUACUACUACACGUCCAUAGGAGAAGAAUCACCAUUUUUGUUGACUGGAUCCGUAAAGUCCGGUCUACCGGAGUUCAAAUUGCCACCGACACAAACUGUAUUGAAUAACAGAACGGUCACUUUUGGUGAAAUGGUGUCUGAUUUAGGAAGUUCGAUAGUCUUGGUGCCUAUUAUCGCUGUGCUAGGAAACGUAGCUAUAGCAAAAGCAUUUGCCAGUGGAUCAACGAUAGAUGCAACUCAAGAACUAUUCACCCUUUCAAUGUGCAACAUCAUUGGUUCUUUCUUUUCGUCUAUGCCAAUAACGGGAUCUUUCUCAAGAUCGGCAGUCAAUCAUGCCAGUGGCGUGCAGACCCCUGCAGGAGGAAUUGUAACAGGCAUCAUGGUACUUCUAGCACUCAGCUUCCUCACCCCAUCGUUCGCGUACAUACCCAAAGCAUCCCUUGGGGCUGUUAUAAUCAGCGCUGUGAUCUUCAUGAUCGAGUACGAGGUUGUGAAACCGAUGUGGAAGUCGAGCAAGAAAGAUCUGCUGUGCACUUGUGCUACGUUCAUCGCUUGCCUGUUGAUUGGGGUUGAAUAUGGGAUUCUGUUGGGGGUUGGGAUCAAUAUCGUGUUUUUGCUUUAUCCUUCUGCCAGGCCUACUAUUUACGUUGAAAAAAUGAAGACACCAAACGGUAUUGAGUAUGUGACGAUAACCCCAGGAAAUAGCUUAUAUUUUCCCGCUGUGGAUUUCAUAAAAACAAGUGUGGCUAAAGCUGGGGUAUCUUCAAAACAUUUAGCCGUAGUGAUCGAUUGCAGAUUCAUAUUAGGUGCGGAUUUCACAGCUGCAAAGGGUAUAUCAGCAUUAAUAAACGAGUUCUGUCUACGACAGCAACCACUAUAUUUUUCGAAUACAAGAUCUGAAGUAGUUUCUGUCUUUGAAGGAGUCAUGCAGCAAGAUUUCAAAUACUUUAGUACAAAAGAGGAACUAGAAAAAUAUAUAGAAGAUAAUCCUUUGGAGAUAGAUGAAACCGAGAAUCUCCUAAGUUACACUGAAGGAUACUUGGACACUCCAAGCAAUUGCCAUAGGAGAAAUGUUGAACUCAAAGAAGUGAAUUGUGAGAGUGAAUGUGUGAACAAUAGAAUUAUUUAAUGUAUUUUUAAGUGUACUGUUUGUAUUUUGUGCUCAGUAUUCAAUACAUGACAUGUUUUAUAAUUUAUAAAUACUGGUUCAUUGAAAUGCUCAUCGCAUUGAAUUAGAGGAAGAACUUCCUAAAAC